GCGCUCCUCCCUUGCGUGAAGGCAUCUCCACUUGACGGCCAAGCAAUAGGCAAUGCCUUGUAUGGCCUACAGAGUCUCAGCAGCGACUCCCAAGUAGUACGGCAGCUUCUGGUCGUAUUUGCUUCCAAGCUGAAAGCCUUCGACUGCAAGAUGACAGAGCAGGAAGUGAGUAACGCCCUGUAUGGCUUGCAAUUCAUGGACCUUUCUAUCACGGAGGUGAGAGAGAUCGUGGACGUCUUGGUGACUUCGGUGACCAGUGACGACGCGGAGCAAUCUCCUAGCAGAGACAGGCGCAGCCAACGCAGCCGGCAUCCGCUGAAUCCACUCGCAUCAUCUGAAUCUAGGUUACCCUCGAACUUUGUUGCUGUGGCUUUUCCUGGCACACUGUCGGGCGAGAGGUGCAGAUAUUUGGUGGACAUUGGCUGCGACAUGGGUGGCUUUGUGCGCGGCGUGGCACAAUCUCGGCCAGAGAUGCGGGUGGUUGGUUUGGAGAUGAGAUCGCAUGCCGUCACCUAUGCGGUGGCGAGGGCCCGAGAGCAGGGGCUGCAAAAUGCGGCUUUUGCUCAGGGCAACGCCAACGUCGACUUGGCUUGCCUGCUUCGACAGGUUCAGGACACUGGCGAGGUGGAGACCGUGACUGUCAAUUUCCCUGACCCACACCUGCUGCCAGAGCACCGCGAGCGGCGCGUGCUGCGGGGUUCCCUGGUGAAGGUCUUGGCUGAGCACCUAUUGCCCGAGACAGAGGUGCUCUUCCAAUCUGACCUGGCUCUUCUCGUGGAGGAGGCCAGGGCCGCCUUCACCGUUUCCAGAUGCUUCCGCGCGACCCCCUGGCAGUCGCGACAGGACUUGGUCGACACAGAGCGGCAGAAGGUGGUUCGGCGAUCUGGCGGUACCGUCCACAAG